AUGCUCAAUUUUUGGAAAACAAUUCAAUCUAAAAAAAGUUCAACAUCAUCGGCUAAUAUCAAUAACGUUGGGCUGAGCAUUAUCGGUGAUGGACUACUGCCACUCAAAGAUUUUGAAUAUGGCGAGAGUGAUCUUUAUGCUCUGGAAAAAUGUAGAUUAUCAUUGCAUUUCGGUGAAGCAUUGGUGUUGGAUAAUAGUGCACUUUUAUCCAUGUUUAGACAAUUUUUAGACCACAGAAAUUUAUUAUCACUUUACCAUUUAUACAUGGCAUUAUUGGGUCGUACAGAUAUUGAAGAUGAGUUAUUACGUACAAAUUUAUUAAGAAACAUCUCAGUUCAUCGGAUUCAUUUUCCCGAUCAAUUAAUAGCAAAAAUUAAUAAUCAUAGUAAACAGUUAGAUAUUGGUGAUUUAAAAGAAGUUACAGAUAAGGUUUAUGUAAUAUUACAAGAGUAUUGGAAUAAUUUUGUCCAGACUGAUAUGUUUUGUAAAUACCAAGUAGAUGUCUUAACAGGUGGACAAGUUACUCUUGGUGAUAUACUGCUUUGUGAUGGACUUCUUUCUUAUUUUAUGGAGUUUCUUGAUAGUGAAGGGUGUAGAUCUAUUGUUGAGUUCUGGUUGGCAGCUACAAAUUUUAAAAGUUGUGUUGAACAAUUAAAAAGUACUUCAGUUAACUAUGAACAAGCACAAAGUGACGCUAUUAGUAUUUAUGAAAAGUAUCUUUCUCUUCAAGCCACAUGUUCACUUGGUUUCACUGAUCAAGUAAGAAUUACCGUUGAAGAAUCUAUAUGUCCAGCUGACAUACAAGGCCAAACUGUUACAACAAUUAGCCAGUGUUUUAGAUCUGCCGUUUUAGUGGUCCUAGCAUUUUUACGUCAUAGAUGUUUAAUGCCAUUCCUAUCAUCUCAACAUUAUGUACGUUAUUUGUCCGAAUUAAUAAAAGCUGGAAAUUCCUAUCAAUCUCUAUCUCAAGACAAUGAAUCAUCUAGCUCUUCAGUUUCUGAGUAUAGUACUAAUUCAAAACGAUCAAUGUCUUCUCUUUUACCUUAUUCAGCUAGUACAGAUUCAUUAUGGAGAAAAAGACAGCAAAGUGGUUUAAGUUUUGGUCGAGUUGAUGAAUAUGGACGUUUCGAAAGGAACAUAGAACCAGAUCCAGAUAAAAACAAAGAAUCUGGCAUCAGGAGAAUGAUGAAAAAAUUUGUGAAUAAAGAGGGUGUAAAAAUGCAAGAAGAUAUGGCAUGGCAAGUAGCUGAAAUGAUUGUAAAAGAUGUAACAAGUGUGACAAUGGCAAAUAAUGAUGAAGAUUUUGGUGCAGAAUAA